CCGAAUUAAUUAACUUUUAAGAGUAUGUGGGACCAUUAUCAAUUAACAUCAGUAUCCAAGCCAUCCCUAAUCAUACUCUGUUUUCUCUAUAUAUAUAAUUCAUCCCUUUCCAUAGUUUAUGAAAAUCAAGAUUCUCUCUUAGAGGGAGAGUAUUAAGUAGCUAUAGUAAACUAUAGUGCAUAUUGAAAGCUUUUAUUUUUGUUUUCACAUUUUUCAUUUGGAAAUGGAAGGUAGUGGUGAUAAUAGUUUAAAAAUAUUAAAAAUGAUUUUGGUAAUAUUGUGUUUGUUCUUCACCAACUUGAGGAUGUGUUUGGGUGAUGUGAAUGGAUUUGGAGAACAGCCACUGUCAAAGAUUGCAAUUCAUAAGACCAUUCUUGCUCUUCACAGUUCUGCCUCCAUUACAGCUUCCCCGCUUUUGCUUGGCAAUAAGGGAGAGGAUAAUGAAUGGGUGACAGUAGAAGUAGAGUCCCCUGAACCAACUAAUGAUGACUGGGUUGGAGUUUUUUCUCCGGCAAACUUCAAUUCAUCAACAUGUCCACCCAUCCCCAAUGGCGUUGGCAAGUUAGAGACUCCAUAUAUAUGCUCAGCUCCAAUAAAGUACAAGUAUGCCAACCACUCCAAUCCUAACUAUAAAAAGACAGGGAAAGCUUCUUUGAAGUUCCAAUUGAUCAAUCAACGUGCAGAUUUCUCCUUUGCACUAUUUUCAGGUGGAUUAUCCAAUCCUAAACUUGUGACAAUUUCCAACUUCAUCGCAUUUGCAAAUCCUAAAGCGCCUGUGUAUCCACGUCUUGCUCAAGGGAAGUCUUGGAAUGAAAUGACAGUUACCUGGACAAGUGGAUAUGACAUAAGUGAAGCUGUACCGUUUGUGGAAUGGGGUCCAAAAGGAAGAAAGCAGAUACAAUCUGCUGCAGGAACAUUGACAUUUAAUCGUAACAGCAUGUGUGGUGAACCUGCGCGAACCGUUGGCUGGCGCGAUCCUGGUUUUAUACACACAGGUUUCCUUAAAGAACUGUGGCCAAAUAUGAGGUACACCUACAGGUUGGGACAUUUCUUGUCUGAUGGUUCUUAUGUGUGGAGUAAGAGGUAUUCAUUCAAGGCAUCUCCAUAUCCUGGACAGAACUCAUUGCAACGAGUUAUCAUAUUUGGUGACAUGGGAAAGGCUGAGCGUGAUGGUUCAAAUGAGUAUGCUGAUUAUCAACCUGGUUCACUUAACACCACUGACCAGCUCAUCAAGGAUUUAGACAAUAUUGACAUUGUUUUCCACAUUGGAGAUCUUCCAUAUGCAAACGGGUACAUCUCACAGUGGGACCAAUUCACAGCUCAAGUGCAACAAAUUUCAUCAACAGUUCCAUAUAUGAUAGCAAGUGGAAAUCAUGAGCGUUCUUGGCCAAACUCAGGAUCCUUUUAUGACACUCGGGAUUCAGGUGGAGAAUCUGAGAAUAGAGCCAAAUUCUGGUAUAAAACAGAUUAUGGCAUGUUUCGUUUCUGUAUAGCAGACAGUGAGCAUGACUGGAGAGAAGGAUCAGAACAGUACAAAUUCAUUGAGCACUGCCUUUCAACAGUAGAUAGAAAACAACAACCAUGGUUAAUCUUUUCAGCACAUCGCCCCCUUGGUUACUCAUCUAAUUCUUGGUAUGCCAUGGAAGGCUCAUUUGAGGAGCCCAUGGGAAGGGAAAGUUUGCAGGGGCUCUGGCAGAAGUACAAAGUAGACAUUGCAUUUUAUGGUCACGUCCAUAACUACGAAAGAGUAUGCCCAAUUUAUCAGAACCAAUGUGUAAAUAAGGAAAAAACUCAUUACUCUGGUACUGUGAAUGGAACAAUUCAUAUUGUUGUUGGCGGAGGGGGAAGUCACUUGUCAGACUUCACCACAGCACCCCCUGUUUGGAGUCUUUACAAGGACAGAGACUAUGGUUUUGGCAAACUGACAGCAUUCAAUCACUCAUAUCUCUUGUUUGAGUACAAGAAAAGUAGUGAUGGAAAGGUCUAUGACUCUUUUACCAUUUCCAGGGACUAUAGAGAUGUCUUGGCCUGUGUGCACGAUGGUUGUGAGAAAACCACCUUGGCAUCCUGAAUAUGUUUCUAUAUGUAGAACUGGCGUGGUCUUGAAAUGAAAUAAAACACUUUCAAAAUAAAUAAUGGUUGUUAUGUUCAAUCUCAACGCAUCAUGCAAGAUUUAUGAAGCACAAAUAUAGAAUAAAAAGGCAGAUGUAUAAUGCAAAUUCUAAAAUUUAUAUGAUAAUAACGGUUAUGACUGUAAAAAUAUUAUAUUAACAUGAAAUGCAGUUUCUUAAUUA